AACAGAUUUAAUCUCAGGAGAUUAAGUACUCAAAAUGCUAAAAUAUAAAAGAGUCGAGACUCCUCAAGAUUUGUACUCUGUUUAAAGCAAUACGUAGAGGGCACUGGGCAGGCAGGCCCUCUUCUCCCAACUCAACCAAAGCCUUCGUUGCCAACUCUGCUCUCUCUCUCUCUCUUUGUAACCGCCGGUAAAGAUCACAAAAACCCACCCCACUUUCUUCCUCUUCACAUUUUUUUUACCUGCAUUGUACACCCACAUUUCUCUUCUCUCUCUCUCUUUUUUUGUUUCAGGGAGAAGAAAAUCAAGAACUGUAGAGGAACGAAAACAUGGGAAGGCUGUUUCUGCUGACUCUUGAAGGACACGUCUAUAGCUGCAAGUACUGCAGAACCCAUCUUGCUCUUGCUGAUGACAUUCUCUCUCGGUCUUUUCACUGCAGGCAUGGAAAGGCUUAUCUUUUGGAUAAUGUUGUAAAUGUCACAGAUGGAGAGAAAGAAGAGCGGAUCAUGAUAACAGGACUGCAUACUGUUGUUGACAUCUUUUGUGUUUCAUGUGGCUCUAUUGUCGGGUGGAAAUAUGAGGCUGCACAUGAGAAAAGCCAGAAGUACAAGGAGGGGAAAUUUAUCCUUGAGAGAUUCAAGAUUCUUGGUCCUGAUGGAAGCAACUACUCGAUUGCUCAGGAAGCUCAUAUUGGUGGAAGUGAUGGUGAUGAUGCUUGAUUUACCAUUCAUUCAGGAAAUUUCAGUAUUUCAAUGUAUAUUCUUUGGGACAUUAUGCUAUCUAGAUGGGAUUUUUCUUAUUCUAUUCCUAGACAUGAAAGUGUUCGAUGACAUUCUCUCCACCUGUUGUAUAAAUUGUUUUAGAACAUGGUCAUUUCCUAUAUAGUAGUUGGUCAUCCAAAUAUCUGCGAAAA